UGUAAACAGUACUAUAAAGUUUGAGGUUAUAACCAUAGUAACUGAGACGUUUGUUUUGUUCUGAAAUAUUUAUUUAAACAAGAGAAAAGAAGUUCUAUUAUUUCACAGCAUAAUGUCAACACGUUUUUAUCCUAUGUAUCAAAGAGGCAAUCCACAAUUAAGAAUUUUCCUACCAAAUUUCUGGAUGAAGUUAAUUGCGCCUAUAAAUCAGCAGCUUCCAAAUAUUGUACAGUUUCACUGCUCUAUGGAAAUGUCCAGAUACGACAUAAAGAAUUAUCUGGAGAAAAUUUAUAACGUCAACGUAAUUGAAGUGAGGACAAGAAUAGCGAUGGGUAGAUUUAAGAAGGAUCAACUGCAGCAUUCAGUCAUUAAAGAGGACGACAGGAAAGUGGCCUACGUCAUACUGCCAAAGGACCAGUCAUUUGUGUUUCCUGAUAUGUUUAAGAACGUAAAAGAUGAUAUUGAUAAAGAAACUAUGGACAUGGCUAAAAAGGACAUGCAGGAUUUCUUAGGACCUAAUAAAGCCCCUGGAUUACCUGGUUGGUUUAGGAUAUAAUGUCUAAUACUUUUUCGUUUCUCAACAUUGUCGUAUGAUUACCUUCAACGUAAUGUACCUUCACUACGUUUUGAGUUAUCU